UAUGGCGGGUCAUGGCUUUUAAAGGCCUCAUCCCUAUUUCCUACCUCUCUGAGUUAUUUCAUUGAAGCGCACUCAACGUUCUCCAUUGAAGCGUUCUCCGUUGAAUCUAAUUCUUGUAUCCCCCAUUGAAGCAGCUUCUAAGGUCUAUGGAUUCUGCAGACACUCUUCUUUGUUUCACAGAGUCUCUUGAAGCCUUCUUAGAUAAAGAUAAUUUUAAUGGUGCUCUACCGUUUGUCGUAGACCACAUCGUUCGAUGCAUGGAAGAAAAUGGUGAGGCGACUAAGGGAACAAGUCUUGUUGUUGUCCUGAAUACUGUUGCCUCUGAUUUUCCAAAGUUGAACCUACCCUCAAAUCCGUUGCAUAGACUAGAGUGUUUGGUCAACAACCUGCUUUCAAAUGGCAUGGUAGUAGAUGCCCUAAAGCUCACUAGUGCACCGUAUCCGUCUGCGUUAACUGUUCCUGUUUUGGAGCUCAAGCUGAGAAUAUUUUUCCAUGAACAAAAUAUGGAGGAGUUUUGGAAGAUUUUUCGGGCUUGGGAAGUCCACAACAUGUAUGCAUAUGCAGAAACUACAUUUAUUUUGGGGACGAGCUUUAUGAAUUUAGAAGAUGAAGGAUAUCUGGAGAAGUCUAUUGACUAUUUUAGCAAAGGGAUUUCUAUGGCUAAAAUUCAUGAACAACAAUCUUUGUUAGAAAAAUUGGAACAGCAGCUAUGUGAGGCAGAAAAAAAGAAGGUUAAAUUUCAGCAAGCUUUCGAGGAAGCAAAUAGACAUGAAAGAGAACUCUUGGAUGAAGAGGCCAGGAUCGCGGCGGAGGCGGGAAAAAGGGAGAAGAAACGAGAAAAGAAACGAGAAAAGAGGAAAGGAAAACAAAUUGCUGAAGGGUCCAAGAAAGCUGUGGAGACCAAAGAUGAGGGGACCAAAGAUGAGGGGACCAAAGAUGAAGGGACCAAAGAUGAGGAGACCAAAGAUGAGGGGACCAAAGAUGAGGGGGGUACAGGGGAAAUCAUACCUUUGGUUGAGGAAAGAAGACCUCGGAAUUUCGAGAUUCCUUUUUCUGUUACUAUGGAGUCAGCUGAAGAUUCUUUUGUAGGGUGUAUAAGGACUAACACCACUGGAGUCCAAAAAUCAUUUAUUGUAGUUGACCAAUCACAGAUAAACUACUUUCAGGAUCUUGUUUAUCUAUGUCUCAGGCAUGAGACUCUGUUGAAGGUUGACCAAAGUUUUAUGGAUGAAGGUAGAUAUUUUCUUGUGACAAGUGAGAAUGUAUGCACCAUUUACUGCUUUUUUAAGCGUAAACUUUGCAUAAUUUCUCCUGAAUCAAAUAAAGUAUGGUGGAAUGCUAUAAAAGAUUCAUUUUGGAAAGUAUUCAGAGGCGUGAUUCGAGGGUUGAUGUAUUUGUUCGACAAAGACAAAGCCUGCGGGAAUUUAGUGUUUAAUUCUUUUGUCAAUUCUGAAGGGGAAGGCAGAAUUCUGCCAUAUAUGGCUUCGGGGAAACAAAAACAGGACUUGGUACAGCUAGUAGAUUUAAUGCAGAGUGUUAUCAAACUUGCUGUUCCCGACCAAAGCGAUAUUUCUUUUCUUCCCGAUCAUUUGAAACAGUUUUUUGACAAUGUCACACAAUUUCAUGGGUCCUGUCCAUUGGAGAUUGUUAUUGAUCACCCGUAUUUUUGGAAUACGGCGGAAAAAAUCAGCUUUACCUUCAAAUUGAGAGAGUUGGUUAAGCAGAAUCCUAAUCCUUUUUUAUUGUAUCUUAAUAAAAAUGAAUUAUACCAAGACUGGUGGGAUAGUCUUCAACAUGUAUAUAAAAAACUUUUUGAAAAUGCGAAAAAGCGCAAGCGGAUUAUCAAAGCAUACCGGAAUGCUAUUGAUAUUGUCCGAUUUUAUGGAGCAGUUUAUACUCAUAUAAAUGAGUUGGAGUACAAACAAGAUCGAAAUAACAAGAGAUUUAGUGAUGAAAAGAUCGAGUCAGAUUUGGCAGGUUUUUUUCCAGAUUUUUAUGUAGACAUGUUUUCGGUCUUGUGCUCGUGCUACCAGAAUAAUGUGGUCAUAACCAAUGACAGUCUGAGGGGUUUAUCCACAGUUCAUUCUUUCAGUGAGUUUUUAAAUUAUAGUCACUAUCAGCAAAAGCCUAUUUUGCCUCUCUCACCUUUCUUUUUCUGUCUGUCGCUCGCAGGAGGGAAGUAAAAGGAGCAGGAUUCUGCCACGAGUGGUGAGUUAUUCUUGUACUCCCAAGGAAGCUGUUGCUGUGACAACUGCAAUCCAAGAGGAGAUAUUCUUAGAAAUAGGUGUUGUUUGUGGUUUAAAAAUAGACUUAUCUAUGUCCUUCGGCAUUUGAAGGGUUGUUGACUUGCCGUACACUCGUACUUUGUUGAUCCGUUAUUGGUAUCUGGCGUUGAGGACUUAUUUAGUGUUUGAUAAAAUGUUUAUGCACCGUUAACAAUUGGACAUUAAUGUUUUUUGGACUUCAAAUUUUUUUAUGUAAUUUGUACUUUGUUGCAAUUAGCCAAUUAGUUUGUAUAUUGAAGGUUGUGUAUAAUUUUAUUAUGUAAUAUGAAAAUUAGUUGUUGGACAAUAAUUUUAGGUUUAU